AUGUGCGGCUGUGAGUGUGAGCGGGCGGCUGGAGCUUCUCGUCGCACAUGUUCCGGGAAGAAACCGAACGAAGAGCGUGGAACAAAAGCUGAGAAAUGAAUGACUGAGAGGACGAAAAGAAAACACGCUCAUUUCUUCCUCUUCUUCUUCCGAUAGCUGCCGGAGGAGAGCAGAGAGCUGCACCACCACCAGGAAAUAUCUUCAAAAUGGAUCUUCAUGAUAAAGAAAUUAUGCCGGAAGAGAUUUUGCCUGUGGUGAUCAUCGGUAACGGCCCAUCUGGGAUCUGUCUGUCCUACCUGUUGUCAGGUUACACCCCCUACCUGUCACCUGAGGCGUCUCAUCCCAACCCCCUGCUGCACAGCAAACUGGGAGAACAGCCUCACCUGUCGCUGCUGGAGCAGGACCUGGAGUACCUGUGUGAGGGUUUGGAGGGACGAUCGUCCAAUCCCGUGGCCUUGCUCUUUGAUUCGCUGCUGCUGCCCGACAGUGACUUCGGAUUGGACCACACAUCUCCGUUGGAAUGGCGAUACGAGCCGGAGCGCGCCAUCACACACCUGGUGCUGGGGAAGGGUCCGCCUGGAGGAGCCUGGCAUGCUAUGGAGGGCUCCAUGCUAACUCUGAGCCUGGCUAACUGGAUGGAGCUUCCCGGACUCAAACUGAAGGACUGGAUGAGAGAGAAACGCAGAAAUGUUCGAAACGACCGUGCCACGCCAGCAGAGAUUGCCUCCUACUACCAACACUACGUUUCCCAGAUGUCCCUGGAGCAGAGCUUUGCAUGUGGAACCACCGUCACCUCGGUAACCAGGCAGCCUGGCAACCAGGAGGGGGCGCCGCCCUGCUGGAGAGUCUCAGGUCUGCAGCACAGAGAGGGGGAGGAGCUGGCAGAUGGUUCUGCUGUUUCCGAGGCUGUGCCCUUCUCCGUGUCGGCCCACAACGUGGUGUUGGCGACCGGGACCCACGAUAUCCCGGCGCGGCUAGGCGUGGAGGGCGAGUCCCUGCCCUACGUCUGCCACUCCUUCUGGGAGCUGGAGGCCGCCAUCUCUCGCGGCGAGCUCGACCAAUCGUCGGACCCCGUGCUGGUGGUGGGGGCGGGGCUUACGGCGGCCGACGCGGUACUGGCCGCCCACCAUCUCAACACGCCUGUUUACCACGCCUUCAGACGCUCGGUCACCGACCCCGGCCUCAUCUUCAACGAGCUGCCCAAGCUGCUCUACCCAGAGUACCACAAGGUUCACCAGAUGAUGACUCGGCAGCAGUACCAGCCAAGCCCUCCACCACAGGACCACGCCCAGAACCUCCAUGACCACUCCACCCCUUCCUCCCUCCUUCCCUCCUCCUCCUCCACCUCUUCACCCCUCUCCUCCUACUCAGGGUACCUGAGCUUCCCGCGCUACAGGGUGGUGGCGCUCCGACCCGACCGGAAGUGCGUUCUGGAGUCGGACUCUGGCCAGCGGACGGUGGUCCAGAUCUCAAAGGCGCUGGUUCUGAUCGGCGCCCACCCCAACCUCUCCUUCCUGGGCGACAAUGGCCGUUCGCUUGGCGUCAACCCCGACGAGCCAAUCACGUGCCGGAGGAACCCGAUCGAGGUGGACCCGUACACGAACAAGGUGGUUGCGGCAGACGGACCGGGCAUGUACGCCAUGGGGCCUCUCGUCGGCGAGAACUUCGUCAGGUUCCUGAAAGGAGGCGCGCUGGCUAUCGCUAGCGACCUCGCCAAGACACAGAGGGUGGGGGGAAGGGGGUUAGCCACAGACAGAUGGGUGGACAGACAGGUGACCACACAGACAGAAGCAAAGGUUUGCGUUGGGGAUUCGUAGCAGGUUUGGGGAAGGAUGAGUGGACUGGUCCGAUCCGAACUGCUGCUGC